GGGGGGGUGACAGAAGAAAAAAAAAAACAAAGAUGGCAGUGUAGAGCUAGGGACGAGGUAUCGACAAGACCAUAGCUAAAAGAGCAGGUUUAAUGGUUUUGGUGAGACCGGAGUGUGUGUGAGAGUGUGUAGGUGUGUGUGUGAGUUGGUGCUGGUCGUAAGGUGGAGAGGACGCCCGAACAGGUCGCACUGUCACAGCCGAAUAACGGAGUCACCAGCUGGGGAGAACCAAACACGACUUGUUUUGUCGAUGCAGGGGAAAGCAGUGUUUCCCAGCGAGCUACACCUAGUCAGCAUUUUAUCAUACUCAUAUCCAGUCGGAACUUUAGUGAGGCAUCACAUCGACACCUCGCAGCCCGACACUGAGUCUGUGCUGUUUACUUUGCUUAGACUUCUUGUCAGGGACUCCCAUAUGAAUCGGAGCUUUCUAUUACGAAAUAGUUUACACACAGACUGGAGGCUGCUCGGCAGAUCUUCACAUUUCCAUAGUGAAUUAUAAUCUUGUGUGUGUGUGUGUGUGCGCGCGCGUGCCUCGUCUCGGCUGGACGCGGAUGUCAUCGAUGGAGGAGCGAGGCGAGGUGGCGGCUGCACCAGGCUCGUCCUCAGCCGGCUUAAGUGUCGGGCCGGAGGCCGUGGCUGCAGGUGCGGGAUUAUCUGGGAUUCAGGAAGAAUCUGGCAUGCGGAGAGAGGCUUCCGGUUCCGGUUCUGGUCCGGAGACUGAUCCGGAUGCACCGCCCAAAAAGCGCGUGAGGCUGCAGGAGGGAGAAGCGGGGAAGCUCGAGGAGCGUCUUUACUCCGUCCUGUGCUGCACCGUGUGCCUGGACCUACCCAAAGCCUCGGUUUACCAGUGUACAAACGGGCACCUGAUGUGUGCUGGCUGCUUCAUUCACCUGCUGGCAGACGCACGGCUAAAGGAAGAGCAGGCCACGUGCCCGAACUGCCGCUGUGAGAUCAGCAAGAGCCUGUGCUGCAGGAACUUGGCGGUAGAGAAAGCUGUAAGCGAACUGCCCUCAGACUGCAGCUACUGCCUUAAACAGUUCCCUCGCUCCGGCCUGGACCACCACCAGUCAGAAGAGUGCCAGGACAGGCUUACGCAAUGUAAGUACAAGCGGAUCGGAUGCCCAUGGCAGGGGCCAUUCCAUGAGCUCACUGCCCAUGAGGUUGACUGCUGCCACCCAUCUAAGACUGGCAUUGAGCUAAUGGGCAUCCUGGAUGAAAUGGAUCAGAGCCAUCGCCGAGAACUGCAGCUCUAUAACAGCAUCUUCAGCCUGCUCAGCUUUGAGAAGAUCGGCUUCACAGAGGUGCAGUUUAGGCCGUACCGCACAGAUGACUUCAUCACCCGGCUGUACUACGAGACGCCUCGUUUCACCGUGCUCAACCAGACAUGGGUGCUAAAGGCACGUGUCAACGACUCGGAGCGCAACCCCAACCUUUCCUGUAAGCGCACACUUUCCUUCCAGCUGAUCCUGAAGAGCAAAGUAAACUCGACGCUGGAGUGUUCCUUCCUGCUGCUCAAGGGCCCGUACGACGAUGUGAAGAUCAAACCUGUCAUCCAGCACCACGUCUUCUCCAACGAUGCCAACGAGACGGAGUAUGUGCCACUGCCCAUCAGCGACAGCGUCGAGUGCAACAAGCUGCUGGCUGCCAAAAACAUCAACCUGCGCCUCUUCAUCUUUCAGAUCCAGAAAUAGGUGGAGAAUGUAAAUGCAAAGGAAGCAAGGGAUGGCGAGGAAGGGUGAAGAAGUGACCCUGAACCACACAUACCUCGACAAGAACAAGGAUGAGAGAGCAAGCUAUUUCGAAAUGGCCUACAUGACCUGCAGUCGCCUGUGUUUGUUUGUGUGCCUGUAUGUGGUUAAUGGAAAUGUUUUCUGACCCUAUAUGGUCCAAAAUGAGUGUCUGUUCAUCAACAAUCUGACCAUUACUGAUCUGUCACUUGUUAAAAAAACGGGACAGUCCUGAUUAGACACCAACUCCAUAUUGUAUGUGUGGGAUUGUGUGCAUGCUUGUAAGUAUGAAUGAGUACGAAUGCACAAGAUAACCUAAUCGAAGCACUACAGACAAGUUGACUAUCUCAGCAUGAGUGUGUGUGUGUGUGUGUGUGUGUGUGUGUGUGUGUGUGUGUGUGUGUGUGUGUAUAGAUUCACUUCUGACUGUGAGACACACAGGCUUGUUGGAAACAUAAUCCAGGAAGCACUGGAUGUAAUGUUUUUCAAGCAGCCUACAGUUUUAAGCAGUGUUACUUUAGACAUCCUGUGGUACUGUAUGUGUGUGUGUGUGUGUGUGUGUGUGUGUGUGUGUGUGUGUGUCUAUUCAGUGGUUCGCUCCUGCUCAGAACCCUCCUCUCAAAGCUUACACGCACAUGCACACAAAAAAUCUCAAGCAGAAAAUAGGCUGUACCUGCUUUAAAUGUAUUUUUGUAAAGUGAAGGGAGACAUUUUACUUAAGGUACAGCAGGUCAGACAGCCUGGACAAAAUGGCCACUGACCUCUGAAAGCAGAGUGGAGUUUGCAUGUUUUCAGUUUCUUCUUGGUGUGUUCUUAGGGGCACACAUGUUUAUCCCAGUAGCAUUAUAGUCUUGUAAACUAACUUAAGUUCGAUAUUUUUAACACAACUAUUAUUUAAGAACCUGUGAAACCUAGCUUUAUAUCUUAUUUAGAGUUCAUAUUUUCCUCUCUUACUCCUCACACACACAGUCACACAUCCCUGUCCGGCUCCAUUAACGGCACCAGCUAAGCCAUCUUUAUUACUUUAUUUUAAACCCGCUUCAUUACAGUUAGCAACAAAGAAUCUACUCACCAUAGAAACAGACUGCCCCCUACCUACACACACACCCACACACAUCAGAGAGCCAGAAAGGGUUUAAUCACAUCCCUGUGGGGUUGAACUCGACUGUAACUGAUCCGUUUUGACAUACUUGAAUUCUUGCAGGGGGGGGGUAGAAAGUGUAAAGCUGAUCUAGACAAUGUGUUCGAUAUUGAAGAGGCUAGUUUGAACCUGUUUCUGUAUUGAAAAAGCUUUUAAUUCUCACAUUACACUCUGCCUGUAUUUGUGCCUUUCUAUUAAAGCUCAUCAAAACUAAAA